AUGAAGUCAAAGGCAGGCGUUACAUCUAUACUAGCGUCAGAGUUGUCAAAUAACACAACCCAAUCGGUAUCUAGUUCAGGAAUACAGCCCAUGGAUACAGAUGUAGAUGUAGGUGAGGAUAUAAAAGAUCGACGCAGACGUCUAUUGGAGAGGAGACGAUCAGGAGCAAACAUCGAUAAUACCAUCAGCACAAUUCCUACACGAACCUCUACAUACAAACAACAAGAGUACAUUUUGGAUAUGAAAAAAAAGAUAGCUGCAGAAUUGGUCAUAAAGAAAAACUUGCCUGUUGAAGGUGCCAGAUAUGAGAGUGAUACAAUUACCAAAGGUAAAACCGUAACACUUAUAAAAAAGGAGAUGGAUCCUAGUCAGUAA